UGAACACAUCAACAAUAGUUUAUGUUGCAUAAACUGCUCAGCUACAUACAUUUUAAGCAUCUAUUUACAGACGAGGACAAAUAAUAAUGGGUAAAUAUCUUUUUUUAUAUUCGUUUUGGGCAAAUAGAUUGAAAUCUCAACAUUACUUUACUAUUUUGUUUUCUUCUUUCCCUAUUCCUUUUUCUUUAGCUGUUCCUCUUCUUUUUCUUUUUGUUUUAUCGUGAAAAGUACAAGUCUACAACAACUGAUUAGUCCCUCCAUCUCCUAUUGUCUCCUUAGCUUCGUAAGACAAGUUACAAAAGAAUUAAAAAGAAAAGCUGAAGCUGCCAUUUUUGACUUGAGAAUCUUCAUUUCUUUCUUUCUUUUCUUUGACUUCAAAAUCUUCUUCGAUCCAUUCUUCAUUCUUCAACAUCGUUUUCAAAUCUUCAAGGUCUCUUUAUUCUUUUCCCGGGCUUUGGCUCUUGAAUGAUAUCCAACGGAGACAUAUACAUAUAUACGGAGAGAGAGAUAUUGUGUGUGUGUCAAAGAGAAAAAGAGAGAGUGGGAGAGAGGUUAUGGCUAUUGACGUUUGUUGUUCGGAGGCCUCUGGUUCUGGAAUUAGUCCAAGAAUCUCUUUCUCUUACGAUGUAGACUCAACGGACGACGGUGAAGUCAGAUUAGACACAACACUUCUUGAAUCAGGUUCAGAUUUAGAUUUCUGCUUUGGCUCGAGUUGUUCUGUUCAAGAAGUGUCUCCGGCUGAUGAACUCUUCUUCGAUGGCAAGAUUCUUCCCGUACAGAUCAAGAAAGAUUUACCACAGGCAGUAACGUUCCGUGUUCAAAGAUCAGCUUCUCUCUCGUCAUCAUCAUCAUCUUCUUCCUCUUCCUCUUCAUCCUCAUCGAGAGCACCCGAAAAGAAGAUGAGACUCAAAGAGCUUCUAUUGAAUCCUGAAUCUGAUUUCAACGACAAGCCAAGAGGACUGUUCUUGCAAUUCAAGAGAAGCAUAAGUCUCAACUACGACAAAGGCCGAAACAGCAAAGGGCUGAUAAGAUCCCUUCAUUUCCUCUCACGCAGCAACUCCACUCCAAACCCUAACCUUAACUUGAACCCCAAGGAAACCCAUCACACUCACAAGGCGCACAAUCUUCCUAAACACACGUCUCCUUUAAGAAGAUCAUCUUCGCUCUCAGCUUCUUCAGUCCCUUAUCACCUCAAGUCACAGGGCAGAAAGAGUUUCGGAAACGGAAACGGUGGGAUUCGAGUCAGUCCGGUCCUGAACUUCCCACCGCCGGCGUUCAUCUCAAACGUCGCCGACGGAUUUUUCAGCAUUGGAUCUCUCUGUAGUGGUAAGACCAACACAAAGACAAAAUUAUGAAAACAUCUUUUGGCAUUUUGUGGCCGGAGGGGGAAAAAAAGUUCAAACAAGAAAUGUCUUUAUUAUUUAUUUAUUUUUCUUACUGUUUGUAUAAUGUGGAAUAUUAAUAUAGACAGCACAUGUGAAGAUUAGACAGCAUGUGGGUUUUGUCUGUAAUUUCAAAAACCAAAAAACAAGAAUAAUUGACAAACUAGGAAGCGUAGCAGAAGCAUAGGUACACUUCGUUGAUUGGAUCUUUGUGGUAAUAAGAUUAGUUUUGUAAACACGUAAAUAGAAAAAGAUAU